AUGAAUAAGGACAUUAUCAUGGUUCGCCACAUGAAGAUGAUGAAGAACAAUGCAAUUGUAUGCAACAUUGGCCAUUUUGACAAUGAGAUUGAUAUGCAUGGUCUGGAAACUUACCCUGCUCAUGAAUUUGGGUUCUGCAACUGGGCAUCCCAGCUUUGUUAUGUCCUGCACUUUCACAAACCAGUGAUCACUCAGCUUAAACUUUGGAACAAGAGGGGAACUGGAAAGUAUGAGAAGAAGGUAUAUGUGCCGCCCAAGCAUUUGGAUGAGAAGGUCACAGCUCUUCAUCUUGGAAAACUUGGGUCUAAACUUACCAAGCUUACUCCAGCUCAAGCUGCAAACAUCAAUGUUUCUGUUGAAGGUCCUUACAAGCCCCCACUGUUGGGAGCUAUUCUGACAUAG